UGAAAACUACAUGCCAACAACAGAACAGUACCUUGAGACAGCAAUGAUAAGUUGUUGUUAUUCAUUGCUCUCAACAGUAUCUUUCUUUGGGUUGCGACAUCUUGCCACUGAGGACAUGUUCAAAUGGGUUACAAGUCAGCCUAAGCUUGUCAAAGUUUCUUCCCUUAUUUGCAGAGCCAUGGACGACAUCGUCUCUAGUGAGUUUGAGCAGAAAAGAGGGCACGUUGUGUCGGUUCUUGAUUGCUAUAUGAAGGAACAUGGUGUGAGAAGGCAAGAAGCCAUUGAAGAGUUUCGUAGGGUUGUUAGUAAUGCGUGGAAGGAUAUGAAUGAAGAACUCCUUAGACCUUUGGAAGUGGACAGGCCUUUUCUAAUGCCACCUCUGAACUUAGCUCGUGUUAUGGACGUGCUUUACAAAGAAGAAGAUAAUUACACUCAUGCCAAAGGCAUCAUGAAGAAUUCCAUUACAGCUUUGUUGGUGGAUCCUGUGCCUGUAUGAGCAUCGACCUCAUUUUUCUCAUAUAUUUAUAUUAUUUCCAGUCUUUAAUAUAAUAUCUAGUUAACUAGUUAGGCCUUAUACUAAAGACCGGAAGUAGUAGUUUAUAGUCUCCUUACUCUUUAUACAUAUUGUCGGAGUAGUAUUAGAUGUUGGUUAAUAAAAAAUUGGGAUAGCUACUAUCCUAAGUUUAUAUAAAGGAUUAUGGCUUAAGAGUAAUAUAAAGAGGCUGGAUCCUUACCUAGAGAAAGGUUCCCUUCUCAUAUUUCCAUGUUGGUGUUAGUGCACCUUUUAAACAAGGGUUUAAUUGUUUCUAUGUUCGUCA